AUGGAUACUCAAGACUUAACACCAUCCACUUUUAUAACCAAAAAACGUGACCCUAAGUUCUCUCCAGUUUGGUCUUACUUCACUCCUUGUGCAAAAAAGCAGGCGGUCACUAUAGUGGUGCUUGUAACUUUUGUGAAUUUAAAAUUUCAACCGCAAGUGUUUCAAGUCUUGAAGAAUAUUUGGCUAAU